UUUGCGCAUGCUCGGCGCUCACUGCCCCGGCCGGACCAACGCGCACCGGAGCAUCUGCAAUUCUGACUCGCAUCCUGGCUUGGGCAUCCCGCGCCGGGCCAUGACGGCGCACUCCUUCGCCCUCCCGGUCAUCAUCUUCACCACGUUCUGGGGCCUCAUCGGCAUCGCCGGGCCCUGGUUCGUGCCGAAAGGACCCAACCGCGGAGUGACCAUCACCAUGCUGGUGGCCACCGCUGUCUGCUGUUACCUCUUCUGGCUCAUCGCCAUCCUGGCUCAGCUGAACCCCCUGUUCGGGCCCCAGCUGAAGAAUGAGACCAUCUGGUAUGUGCACUUCCUGUGGGAGUGACCGCUGCCGCCUCCUCGGCCCCAGGUGCCCCAGCUCUCUGGAUGACCUUGGCUCCACUGUCCCUGAUGACCCUUUUGUCACCCUUACAACUGUGUCCCAGUCCCUCCGUGCU